GCGAAGCCCCGCCCCCCACGCGGCAGUCCGGCGCUCUAAGUGGCUGACUGGGCGGCGGCCCCUUCCCUAUUGGGGCUCCUAGCAGAGGACAGUUCGGCUGCGCCUGGGCGCUGGGCUGGGCGCUCGCCGAGGCUCGUUGCUGUGGGGACUCGCCUGUCAUGGAGGAGCUGGAUGGGGCGCGGGGCGCGGCGGAGGCUUCCCGGUGAAGGCGGCUCCGGAGAGAGGGAGCCGGCGGGGCGCCCGCGCCUGGGGAAGGUAGCUCGGAGCCUGUUCUGGGCGGGCGGGGUCCCCGGGCCCCAGCCGACAAGGAAGCAGGUUGCUGAGCACAGUCUGUGUAAUUGUUAGGACCUAAUUCAGUUCAUCAGAGCCUUCAUGUUUGUUCACAGAGAUAACACAGAUCUAAGAAAAGGGUGUGGGUCUUCUGUUUGGACUCUGUAGUUCCAGUAGUCCCAUUAUCUGUGACACUGAAGGAUAAAAGCGGCACAGACUAAAUGGAUCUAAAGACAGCAGUGUUCAAUGCAGCACGUGAUGGCAAACUGCGGCUCCUUGCAAAGUUACUGGCAAACAAAACUAAAGAAGAGGUGGCCUUGCUGAUGUCUGAAAAAACUAGUGGUGCUACACCACUUUUGAUGGCAGCCCGUUAUGGACACCUUGAUAUGGUGGAAUACUUGCUGGAGCAUUGCUGGGCUUCUAUAGAAGUUGGUGGCUCAGUGAAUUUUGAUGGUGAGACCAUUGAGGGGGCUCCUCCAUUAUGGGCAGCUUCUGCUGCUGGUCAUUUGAAGGUAGUCCAAUGUCUGUUAGAUCAUGGAGCAUCUGUCAACAACACAACACUGACAAAUUCAACCCCACUUAGGGCAGCCUGUUUUGAUGGGCACCUGGAAAUAGUAAAGUACCUUGUGGAGCAUAAAGCUGAUUUGGAAGUAUCAAACCGACAUGGGCAUACAUGCCUGAUGAUCUCAUGUUACAAAGGACACAAAGAAAUUGCUCAGUAUUUGCUUGAAAAAGGCGCUGAUGUUAAUAGAAAAAGUGUUAAAGGAAAUACUGCAUUACAUGACUGUGCAGAAUCUGGAAGCUUGGACAUCAUGAAGAUGCUUCUUAAAUACUGUGCAAAGAUGGAAAAAGAUGGCUAUGGAAUGACUCCCCUUCUAUCAGCCAGCGUGACAGGUCACACAAAUAUUGUGGACUUCCUGACACAGCAUGUACAGACCAGUAAGGCAGAACGUAUUAAUGCUUUGGAGCUUUUAGGAGCAACAUUUGUGGACAAAAAAAGAGAUCUGCUUGGUGCUUUGAAAUACUGGAAAAGAGCUAUGGACAUGAGGUACAGUGACAGGACUAAUAUCCUCAGCAAACCUGUGCCACAAACACUAAUUAUGGCUUAUGACUAUGCCAAGGAGGUGAAUAGUGCAGAAGAGCUAGAAAAUCUUAUUGCAGACCCUGAUGAGAUGAGAAUGCAAGCGCUGUUAAUUAGAGAACGUAUUCUUGGUCCUUCUCACCCAGAUACAUCUUAUUAUAUUAGGUACAGAGGUGCUGUCUAUGCAGACUCUGGAAACUUUAAACGAUGCAUCAACCUAUGGAAAUAUGCUUUGGACAUGCAGCAAAGCAAUUUAGACCCCCUGAGCCCUAUGACAGCCAGCAGUUUACUAUCAUUUGCUGAACUCUUUUCCUUCAUGCUACAGGAUAGGGCAAAAGGCCUCCUAGGCACCACCGUUACAUUUGAUGAUCUUAUGGGAAUACUGUGCAAAAGUGUCCUCGAAAUAGAUCGGGCUAUCAAACAAACUCAGUGUCCACCUGACCAAAUACAGCUAAACAAAGCUCUUUCUAUCAUUUUGCAUUUAAUUUGCUUGCUGGAAAAAGUUCCUUGCAGUCCAGAACAAGACCAUUUUAAAAAGCAGACUAUUUACAGGUUUCUUAAACUGCAGCCUAGAGGAAAGAAUAACUUCAGCCCACUUCAUCUUGCUGUUGAUAAGAAUACUACAUGUGUGGGUCGUUACCCUGUUUGCAAAUUCCCCUCUCUACAAGUUACUGCUAUACUGGUGGAAUGUGGUGCUGAUGUAAAUGUCAGAGACUCUGAUGAUAACAGCCCCUUGCACAUUGCUGCACUGAACAACCAUCCAGACAUCAUGAAUCUUCUUAUCAAGUCAGGUUCACACUUUGACACCACAAACUUGCAUAAACAAACUGCUAGUGAUUUGCUGGAUGAGAAGGAAAUGGCAAAAAAUUUGAUCCAGCCCAUAAAUCAUACUACAUUGCAGUGUCUUGCUGCUCGUGUUAUAGUGAAUCAUAGCAUAUGUUAUAAAGGGAACAUCCCUGAAAAGCUAGAGAACUUUGUGUUGCUCCAUAGAUGAUAGUGUGACAACUGUUGAAGCACGAGUUGGUGACAUUAAUUGUUGCUUUCUCAAGCACUGUUGUGAUACACCAGCGUUCAUUUAGCUUGACCUAUCAUGUUCUCAUUGGCUAAAGCAUCAUUAGCAUCAGAUCUGCAGAAUUGGCUACCCAGUAUUUAAUAUGAAUAUGCCAUAUAAUAUAUUUUGUGGAUUAUUUAGAAAUGUAAUGCCAUAUUUAGACUCUCUCUUAAAAUUGUCUGCCAAAGGCUUGUCUACUCUGGUUUUAUUUGCCUGUUGGGUGUUUGGGACUGAGAUUAAUAUUUUUCACUGGUGUCUUUUUACUAUUACUGGUAUGUGGAUUUUAUACAGUUGGAAGGUCAUCUUUUUUUGUUUUUGCUUGUGCAUUUCUACUCAAAUUCUGUUUUUUUUUCUAUGAACUCAUUGCUAAACUGAACAAGUUGUAUGGACUUGUUAACAUUUGCAAUUACCAUAAGUGCUUUAUCUUCUCUAUGCACUGGCUUAAACAUGACUGUUGUGUGUUAGCAUAUUUCUAUGCAGCAGUUGGCCAACUUCAGCUCAAACAGCAUUUUUUGCAGUUUUAUGGAGCUUUUUCUGAGAACACUUCCUUCACAGCAUGACAAUUUUUGGAGCUAUGUGUCAAUUGUCCAAACUUUUUGGGUUGACUUUUAUUCUAGCUGUAUCUGAGGUUGCUUUCUCUUAGUCCUCUGGAAAUAUGUGCUAAAUUUGGGAGAAAAAUCUAUUCUUGUUCUCUUGGUAACCCAAUUGAGAUUUAAGUCUAAGUCAUUCUGAUACAUCAUGCAGCAAAGGGAAGAGUCCUUAUCAUGUACAUCUGACUUUUUCCCUCUGCACUAAUGUCUUGUUUGUGCUGAUUGUGUGACUAGAUGUAGAGAGUUUGCUCAAAUUUUUAACCUCAAACUUAAUAAUACACUUGAAUAAGAAAUAAAUUGAAUGUAUGCAGUAGUCUGAAAUUACAAAUCAACUUCCUUACCUACAAAAGGAACUAAAGCAUGUUGGUGGCAUGAUACCUAGUCAAACCAGGUUUAGACAUCUAGUAUAAUUAUAUUACCUUGGCAGAGAGCCACUCAUUAUAAUAUAUCUCAAAUUCCAUAGCAGUGUCCCUUUCCUUCAUUUUAAAUAUACCCUUUUAGAUAAUUUGCAUGCAUUUUUCACCUCUCGUAUUGUCAGCCAUACUUAAACACCAGAGGUUGUGGUGUGUACAUAGCUUCUAUUGAAAGUUACCUAUUUUUAUAAUAUUUGCACAACAGCUUAGCUAUCUCAGCAGAAAGGGCUCUUUCAACUUGAUUAGAAAUCCACAAGUGAAGAUUCUAAAUGAGUAAGAUUCAGGUAAUUAAUAUAAUUCAGCACUUUAUUGUUGAUUCAGAGUAAAACUUAUUCUGGCACAUUAGCCCUACAAACGUUUUUAAAAUGUUCUCAAGAGAGAAAAUUAUUUUGGGUUGAUUAGAGUAAAACUUACUGCCAGUUCAAUGGUCAAGCACAGCGAAUGUCAUUUGACUUGGCAUUUAUUUUCAGUGAUGGUCAGUAACCAUACUUAAUGGGUUUUUUUAACUCCAGAAAUUCAGUGGGUUUAUCUGGACUUUCAUCAGAUUAUGAACUUGCAAAGAUAAUAGCAGAGGAAUUUCAAAAGCCAAAUUAAUGACACUAAGGUGACUUGAGCUUAGUGGUUUUAGUUUUUUAAUUUUAUUUUAGAAUAUUUUUGUCUUUGAUGUUUGUGAAUGUCAUUAGUGAUGAGUACAUCCUUGACAGUGUGUAAAAAGGCAGUGCUUUCCUUACCUUUUGGCUGUUUAGGUAUUCUCUCUCUCUCUCUCUUUCUCUUAGCUUGUGAUGGAAAGUGAAGCGGAGUGGCUGGGUCACCCUCAGAUCUUGAUGACUUUUAAACAGCCAGCAGUCAUGUCAGAAGCACUGUCUUUUAUACAUAUUUCAAAGUUUGAAAACUGCAUAAAAUAUAUUGAAACAACUUUCUAUUUUUUGUUCCAUGGCACAUUUGCAUUGUUUGUAUGAAAAGCAAAGUAUGAGUUAACUUAAUUUCACAAGGAUAUGAGUAAAUUUCUAUUCAAUUAUUAUCUGAAUUUCUUUGAUUUAUAAUUAUUAAAACACAUGCUACACCAAUUGUUGAUCGUAAGAACAAGUUUCAUUACUUCAGCUUCUUAUUUUCAACAUUCUUCCUCUUUUGCUUACCAUUCCGCAAGAAGAUUUAAUUAAUAAUCAACAUCACACUGUAGGAAUGAGCCACAAUGUGGUUGGAGCUCCAACAUGGAUAAUAGAAAAAGAGAUUCUAGAACAUUGUUUUUUGUAUUCUAGAAUCUGUGCUGCUCUUCAUUGUUAAUAGUUUAAAUUUCUAACUUUAAAUGGGAUAAUGGAUAGCUAUAGUUAUUUGGUUGGACAGUUUUCUCCAAGAGUUUUACCUUUUGAGAGUCCAGAACUGUGAUUUAAAAACAACAGGAAUACUGUGCUGCUAUUAUGGUGCUAGCAAAAUUUCUGAAUUAGAAAACAUACCCAUGAGUUUUCUGGCUACAAAAAUCUUAGGGAACAGAUCAUUUUCUUUAAAUAGUGAUCCAAUGAAGGUUGCCAAGUCUUAGUAUGAAAGUUUAUUCUACCGUUUGUUUCUAAAGAAAUGUAUGCAAAUAUCGUAAAGUAUGGGAGCGACUAAUCUCCUGUGCAUGUUUUCCCUGUAUCUCUACCAAUGUACCUCUAUCCUGUCCUACAGCACCUCUGUUAUUCCGAAUUUUGCGUUUGUAAUGGGAUGAGGCCACCUAAUGAACUUUUAUGAUCUCCAGGUAUUUAAACCUAGGCUUCCAGAGGGUAAUGGCUGGCACAUUUAAACCUAUCUGCCACUUAGCCGCCAACAUUUACAUUACCUUUUCUUAAUUUUUAUUUCACUUUCAAAUUAAAGCAGUCCAGACUCCAUUGGAAGGUAAUAAGUUAGGGUGCUGUGGGCUUUCAUUGAGUUUGUAAAUAAGGCUCUAAAUUUAGCUGUCCACCACCUGUAACAAGGUUCUGAUUACUUUUGUUCCUGGUCGUGUUACUCCUUUAAUACUGGGAAUGGAGUUAUCCUAGUGCAACACAGGGAUGCAAAAUGCAGCAGCACUGUUAGCUGGAAUUGAAGUAUGCUAAGGAACUAAGGACCUUCAGAACAUGAUGAUGAAUUAUUUUUUUUUCUCCUUUCUGUCAUUAUUUACUUAACACCCUCUUUCCCCUUCCCUCUGUUAUCUUCCUGUUACAUAUUUCUGUAACUGGAAUGUACUGUUCCAGAGGUACCAACCCAGUGCUACACGUGAGUCAAGGACAUUAUAUACAACCUCAUGCAUUUUUGGGGUACAACACAUUUUAAAGUAU